CUCAUCCUCGCUAGCUCUGGCAUCCAAUCCGUCCUGGGCUGGAUACGGCAAGGCCUCUGUCUAUCCUCCUCCCCCCCUUCUCCCCUCCCCCCACCACCGAUGUCCUUCUCGUAUGCCCCCCACGGACUCUCCCACUUACACCACCAUCCGGCGAUACCUGCGCGUAGGACGUAGGACAGCAGUAGACGGAUAUCAUGCCGUUGGCAUCUCCCUCUGCACGCGGCGAGAAUGAUUCCCGUAGAUCGGCCGUCUCUGCUCGUGCACUACCCAACCUAUCCACCCGCUCGUCUAUGUGAUAUCUGACGGGACGAAUGGGAAAGGGACAGGCAAAUUGGCGAGGAAGCUGAGUAUUCGAAAAGCAGGAUCCCCCCCCCUGAGAAUGUCCUAUCUGGAAUAUAUACCUACCUACAUGUCUAUCCAUCCAGAGAACCAGAGCAAGUUAUAUCCUAGACCUCCCUCCUUCUUCUCUUCACCAACCUCCACGCUCUCGGCAUAGCUAGAUAAUAACUGCAAUGGCCGUCGAGUUCCCCCACUCUACACCAUCCUCGUCCUCAUCCCCUACUUCCACUCCACUCCCUCUGCCCCCGCGCUUCGCUAGGGUCAAGGCCUCCUUAAUCGCCGGGCGCGAGGCAGCCAUCACCUCGUCCUUCUCACGGCUCCUGGCGGCGCUGCGAGAGGAGUCGGACCGCGUCGCGGCCAGUGUGUCCGCUGGGUCCCAGAUCAUACCCGAGAUCGAUUCCCUCGACAUCCACAACCCGGCCAAGGCUGCCGCCUUCGCCACCGCCCUACGCGAACGCGGCGUCGCCAUCAUCCGCGGCGUCGUGCCACCCAAUGUCGCCCUCGCCUGGCGCGACGAGACCGCCGAAUAUCUCCGCCAUAACGAGGUAUCCGCGCGGGACGCCGUCGCCGCGGGCACCAACGACCCCCACCUGCUCGAGGUAUUCUGGAGUCCCGGCCAGGUCAAGGCCCGCGCCGACUCGCGCGUCCUCGAGGCCCAACGCUUCCUCAUGCGCGCCACUUGGCGGUGCUCUCCUGAAGACAGAGACGGCGACUGGGGCUGCACUGGUGAGGCUGAUAUCGACGUCGACGAUGGCGAGGAAGACGACAUCCUCGUGAGUGGCGACCACCCCGUCUCCUACGCUGACCGGAUCCACAUUCGACGGCCAGAAGAUAUCCCCGCCCCAACCUCAAAUUCGAGCGUGGGAUAUCCACAUAUAGACGGCGGCAGCGUCGAGAGGUGGGAGCCGGACGGGUAUGGGCGCGCGGGCACCUACGCUCGCAUCUUUGAGGGCGCCUGGGAAGCCUACGACCCCUGGAACGCGGCCGCCCGGCUCAACGCUACCUCAGACUUGUAUAACGGUGCCAACUCUUGUAGCAUGUUCCGCAUGUUUCAAGGUCUUAUAUCACUAUCAUCAUCAUCUUCCCCAUCCUCUUGGUCUAGCACCGAAGCCCCUUUCCUGCGCGUUUGUCCCAUGCUCCGGCUAGCGACUGCGUACAUCCUCCUACGGCCUUUCUUCUACUUCUCGCCCCCGUCUCCCUUAACUCAUAAUUUUCUAGAUGCCGCGAACGACGGGAACGGCGAUGAUCCCCUGCUGCACGGGGGAAAUUGGCGUCUCCGUGACCCGCCGGACAGCGUGAUCCACGGCGCCGUCCCAGGCUGCGGGUCGCAGCUCGUCAGCGACACGUUGCACCCGCACCUACGUCUGGCGCACACCCUUGUACCCAUCCCAGUCGUCGAGCCUGGUGACUAUGUCGUCUGGCACCCGGACCUGGCAUACGUCGCGGGGGCGCCCACGUCUGGGCCGCACCGAGGCCCCGGAAUCGCCUCAGAGGCGCUCUACGUCCCCGCCUGUCCACUCACCCUGCCCAAUGCGUUAUACCUCGCGCGCCAGCGUCGAGCCUUUCUUCUCGGUCGUCCUGCCCCAGAUCACGAGAGCUACUACAGUGGUGCUAGUGGAAGCAGCCACAGCCGUGGCAGCAGUAGCAGCGGCAGCAGUAGGAUAAGCGGCGGCGGGUCCGGAGGUGGUCUGAGGGGUGAGCAGACGUACCUGGGGCGCGCCGGGGUGCAGGACGUGAGCGACGCGGGGGGUGAGGAGGGCCUACGGAGCAUGGGCCUAUCGCCGUGGGAUGGGCAGGGCUACCACCACGACAACGACGCCGACGAGGAAGAGGAAACGGAUAGAGGUAACGCUUGCGGCAAGAAGAACAGGAAGAUGGACUGCGACGGCGCGGCGGCGGGGGAUAAGAAGAGGCGGCGGCGGCGGAGGACGGGGAGCCGCGCCGAGCGCGAGCUCCUGCGGCAGGCGAACGGGAUCCUGUUCCCGGACCGGUUCGACACGAUGUACCGAAGAAAGGGCGGGAAGCGCACUUAAUAGUCGACCGGUGUGCCGCCAACACGCUCAGGAGGUUGGGGGUUCUGGGUUUGUAACGACUAUCUGCCUACGCAGGUACAGGGAUUUUCGGGACGUCUGGGCGCGAGCAGGCUAUGUAUGCUUUUCUUUACGACACGGCAUAACCGCAGGUCGGGGGCGCCGGGUUCAGGAUACAUCAAAGGGUUUUUAUAGCCGGUGGGACUAGGCAUAGGAACACACGUAUAUA